CUGCACUUCUAUUCCUGCUUAACAGCGCCAUAGCGAUAUGGUCUUUUCCUGGCUUCCGGGUCGUGCCAGGACGUCAUUUCAUCAUUCGCAAAAAACAGUUAUUCUUCCGACAAGGACUGGUGCCAAACAUUCCCUUGCGGAAUUAUGCGAAUCCGCGACGCCGCCAUGUCACUUGAACCCGUUACUUUUCAAUGGUCAUCUACAGACAGCCUGGACCAUUGUCAAAGCUUAUGAUAUUCCGAUUUAUUACAAGCGAAAGGUAUUUGAGUCUGAUGAUCCCAACUUUGCCGGUACAUUCGCCGUAGACUUUGCAGUCUCAAAAUAUGACGAUUGCGACAAUUCUCUUCCCCCCCGGACAACUUAUUUUACGGAGGAAGACUUUGAGCAAAUAGGAUCGCUAGAUAGUAAGCCUAUGCUUGUAUGCUUGCAUGGGCUUUCUGGAGGUUCUCACGAGCUUUAUCUCCGUCACGUGCUUGCUCCUCUGUUAGCUGAGGUUUCUGGAUGGGAGGCAUGUGUUGUAAAUUCCAGAGGCUGUGCACAGUCAAAGAUUACUAGUGGCAUCCUCUAUAAUGCCAGGGCCACAUGGGAUGUUCGGCAAGUCGUCAGAUGGCUGAAGGCCAAGUUCCCGAAUCGCCCAUUGUUUGGGGUGGGAUUCUCCUUGGGGGCCAACAUAUUGACUAAUUACUGUGGCGAAGAAGGUGAAAGUUGCCUUCUGAAAGGAGCGGUAGUUUGCUCCAACCCUUGGAACCUGGAAGCCGCAUCGCUAGCCCUGCAGCGGACAUGGUUUGGUUUGGAGGUCUACUCGAAAGCAAUGGGUUCCUCAAUGAAACGGCUCUUGGAAGAGCACGCCGACCAGAUCAUAUCAAGCACAAGAAUUGAUCUCGACAAGAUCCGAAAAAUAACCUACUUGCAUGAGUUUGACAGGGAAGUACAAUGCCCUAGUUGGGGUUAUCCAACUGAAGGAGCGUAUUAUAGAGAUGCUUCAUCAUGCGAUGCGCUCUUGAACAUUCGCGUGCCCUUCUUUGCAAUCAAUGCUGAAGACGAUCCGAUUGCGGUCAAAGAGGCCAUUCCAUUCCAGGAAAUACAACAGAACCCAUUUAUUGUUUUAUGUACCACAUCGCUCGGUGGCCAUCUCAGCUGGAUGGAACUGGGAGGAGGUAGAUGGUUUGCCAAACCUGUUACCAAUUUCUUGAAGACACUCGCGGAGGAUAUUGACCUGGAGGCCCUCUCCAAUUCUUUCCGUGAUAUCCAUCUAAACUCCUAUAAUCCGCCAAAGGGACUCUGUUUCGAACCUGUACGCCGGAAGAUGCAUCGCGUUGACCCAACAAUAUAGAUAGGCAUAUACAAUAGACCCAUAAGACCAGCCACGCUUUUUUCUUUUUUCUUUUCAAGCGAAUGAGACCCGCUUCUUUGCGGGCUUGGUGCGUUUAGAAUCUUCUUGUCUCUCAGAAGUCUUCUCUCCCUCAUUUUGGCCAUCGGUUCUCCGCUUGCGCUUCUUUCUCAGCGCAUCUUUAGUCGCCUC